UUCUGAAGUAGUUUUAUAACGGUAGUCUUCCUGUAGUUAAGAUGAACAUCUAUAUUUGUGUUGAGAGGACUGAUCUGAAAUAUGAAUCAAGCUCUUUUGUGUUUUUGAGGAUUGUUAUGAUCCGGUUGUGAUGAUGAAUGUUGGAGCUGCAGUUAUCAUGGAGCGGCCCAUAUGGAGUCUGACAGACAUUUGGCUGCAGAACCAACACACACACACACACACACACACACUCAUGGCCAGAUCCCACCUUACACACACACACACACACACACACUCACUCACAGCAAGAUCCCACAUUACACCCACAAAGAGAGACACACAGAGAUACACACACACAGAGACACACACAUACACACACACACCCUCAUGUCCCCCACAAGGUCAAGGAUUUUGGAUAUUGCCAUCUUUGUGUGGAACCAUAAUGUGGGAAAUACCUGGACCACUCAUACACACUCACACACACACACUCACACUCACACACACACACACACACUCACACUCACACACUCACACUCACACAAACACACACACUCACACACACACACACACACAGAUGUGAAUGUUCUGCAUCAGAACUAGUUCCUGCUGUCUGUGGUGAAGGACACGAUCUGUAUGAAUGACCUCAAGCUGACGGAUGUGAGCUCAUUGUCUCAGUUUGAGUCGGAUCUCUGGCACUAGUUUCAGUAGUCAGCAUCAGUGCUGGUUAACUGAGGGUUAGUGUGAGGCUUGCUUGGUUUGCUGUCAUCACUAUGAGCACUAGGACUAGUGAUGGUUAGGUUAGUGUGAGGUGCUCAUAUCUCUGCACAUUCCUUUCUGUGUGCGACACUUUCUCCUGCAGCAGUGAUAACGCUCGAGUGUUUCUAAAUGGGGAAGCAUCUCUGAUAAGGUCUGUUCCUGAGCAAAAGCUGGUCAGUCAGGCUGAAGCGUCGCUCCGGUCAGCUGUGUCCAGUGCUGAGCUCUGAGUUUGUGUUUCAGUCAUGUCUACCGCUGAGGAAACUGCUGGACAGAUGGACAGAGGUGUGGAACUGGCCACUGAGGAUUCUCCAGCAGCUGUCACAGCCGAUCAAGGUCCUCAUCCAUGUUCUGAUCCAAAACCUGAUCCGAGAUCUGAUCGGAAUCCUGAUCCGAGUUUUGAUCUGAAUACUGAUCCGAAUCCUGUUCCAAAACCUGAUCUUAAUCCUGAUGUAACUUCUGAUCUGAAUCCUAAUCCAAAACCUGAAACUAGUUCUAAUCUGAAUCCUGAUCCAAAACCUGAUCCGAGUUCUGAUCUGAAUCCUAAUCCAAAACCUGAAACUAGUUCUAAUCUGAAUCCUGAUCCAAAACCUGAUCCGAAUCCUGAUCGGAUUUCUGAUCUGAAUCCUGAUCCGAGUCCUGAUCUGAAUCCUGAUUCGAGUCCUCAUCCAAAACCUGAUCUGACUUCUGAUAUGAAUCCUUAUCUGAGUCCUAAUCCAAAAUCUGAAUCGACUUCUGAUCUUAAUCCUGAUCCGAGUCCUGGUUCAAAACCUGGUCCGACUUCUGAUCUGGAUACUGAUCCGAGUCCUGAUCCAAAAUCUGAUUCGAAUUCUGAUCUGAAUCCUGAUUCGACUUCUGAUCUGAAUCCUGAUCCGACUUCUGAUCUGAAUACUGAUCCGAUUCCUGGUUCAAAAUCUGAUUCGACUUCUGAUCUGAAUCCUGAUUCGACUUCUGAUCUGAAUCCUGAUCCGAUUUCUGAUCUGAAUACUGAUCCGAGUCCUGAUCCAAAAUCUGAUUCGACUUCUGAACUGAAUCCUGAUCCAACUUCUGAUCUGAAUCCUGAUCCAAAACCUGAUCCGAGCUCAGCAACCAAUGAGGUCACACACACAGAUGAUGGAGGAGGGAGCGUCUCUUCAUCUCUCAGUGAGAGGAAGAAUACCAGCGGCAGGAAGAAGCUGCUGAACGGUGUGUGCUCGUGUGUUCCUGAAACAUUAGAGAUUCUUCACGCUAAACACGCCUCAGAGCUGUACAGCGAGCUGCUGUACCGUGAGGACGGACGCAGGGAUCUGUGUGUCAGUCUGUACUCACUGAUGCCCGACACACCAGACACAGAGUUCGCUAGAGAGAUGAGCGAUCUUCAGAGUGAGGUCAGAUAUAAAGAGGACGGGAGGAAGAAACUGUCGUGUAGUCUGUACUCUCAGCUGGCCGACACGACUGACACGCAACACGCCAAACGCAUGACGGAUCUGCAGAGCGACAAUAAAUACAAAGAAGCAGGCAGACAAAACGCUUCCACAUGUCUGUACUCACAACUGCCUGAAACCCUGGAGACUCAACACGCUAAAGAAGCGUCCCAGCUACAGAGCCAGGUGACGUAUAAGGAGGGUCAGACGUGUGCGUCCAGCUCUCUGUUCUCCACGCUGGCCGAAACGCCGGAGAUUCAGUCCGCUCGAGAGAUCACCGAGAUCAUCAGCGAGAAUAAAUACCGUGAGCAGAGCAGGAAGAGCAUCAGCAGCUGCAUUUACUCUCAGCUUCCUGAAACUCCAGAGACUGAGUUCAGCAGGAGCGUCUCUGAGCUGCAGAGUCAGGUGAAGUAUAAGGAGGCCAGUAAGCAGCAGAUGAGCAGAUCUCUGUACCAUCAGCUCCCAGAGACUCCAGAAACUCAACACGCUCGAGACGCCGCUCACAUCCAGAGCCAGCUGAAGUACAGGCAGGGCCGGGCGUCUGUGAUGGGCAGUAGUUUGUUCUCGCUGAUGACAGAGACGCCGCAGAACGAGUUUGUGAAGCAGCAGAUGGAGCUCCAGAGUGAGCUGAAGUAUAAAGCUGAGCUGAAGGAAAACUCCAGUAAUCUGUACUCGCUCAUGCCCGAGACGCUGGACACGCAGUUCGCCAAACACGCCGCGGAGUUACAGAGUGACGUGAAGUAUAAGGAGGCCAGUAAGCAGCAGAUGAGCAGAUCUCUGUACCAUCAGCUCCCAGAGACUCCAGAAACUCAACACGCUCGAGACGCCGCUCACAUCCAGAGCCAGGUGGAAUAUAAAGGCAUCAGGAAGGGCGAUUUCUCGGGUUCCUCCUUCACUGCGGUCCCAGACUCGGCAGAGAUGAAGUUCGUUCAGCAGAUCUCACACAUGCUCAGUGAGAAAGAGUACCGUGAGGAGGGCCGGAGGAACCUCUCGUCCAGUGUUUACUCUCAGCUGGCCGACACUGCAGAGACUCAGUUCAUCAGAUCAGUGUCUGACCUGCAGAGCCAGGUCAAAUACAAGGCGUCUGGGAAGCAGCAAGGGAGCGACUCGCUGUACGCCACACUGCCAGAGACGCUGGACACGCAACACGCUAAACACGCCACCGCCCUCAUCAGUGAGGUGAAGUACAAAGAGGACGGCAGACAGAGUUUGUCCAGUCCAUUAUUCACUCGCCUGCCAGAGACGCUGCAGACACAGACGGCCAGAGAGAUCGCAGACGCACAGAGCAACGUCAGAUAUAAGCAGAAGAAUGAUCAGGUCAGUCUGUAUUCACUCCUGCCGCAGACCGCAGACACAGAGUUCGCCAAACACAUGAGCGACGUCCAGAGUGAGCUUCAGUACAAGCAGGAGGGUAAGAAGGAAGCAGAGAGCAAUCUGUACAGCCUGAUGCCACAGACGCUCGAGACUGAACACGCUAAAGACGCCUAUGAGUUGCAGAGUCAGGUUAAAUAUAAAGAGAAGAACAGAACAGAUGCAUCUCUUUACGCCUGUCUGCCUGAGACUCAGGACACGGAACACGCCAAACACGCAGGAGAGCUGCGGAGUGAGCUGAAGUAUAAAGAGGCUGUGAAGAACGAUCUGUCCUCACCACUGUACUCACAGAUGAGUGACACUGCAGAAAUCCAGCGGCUCCGAGAUAUCACUGCACUGCAGAGUCAGGUUCAGUAUAAGACUGAAGGACAGAAGCUCUUGAGCUCCAGUGUUUAUUCUCAGAUGGCAGAGACUCCAGAGACACAGUUCAUGAAGACAGUGACUGAACUCCAGAGCGAUGUGAAGUAUAAGGAGGCCAGUAAGCAGCAGAUGAGCAGAUCUCUGUACCAUCAGCUCCCAGAGACUCCAGAAACUCAACACGCUCGAGACGCCGCUCACAUCCAGAGCCAGCUGAAGUAUAAAGAGAAGGUAAACUCCUCGUCUCUUUACUCUCGUCUGCCGGAGACACCAGAGACUCGACUGGCCAGAGAGCUGACGGAUGUCUGCAGCGAGGUCAGAUACAAAGAGGACGGGAGGAGGGACGUGUCGUCGUGUCUGUACUCACAUCUGCCCGAGACGCCGGAGACGCAGUUGGCCAAGCAUCAGACUGAGCUCCAGAGCCAGAAUCAGUACCGGAGAGAGACGCAGGAGGAUCUGUCUCACUGUCUGUACUCACAGCUGCCCGAGACGCUGCACACACAGUUUGUGAAGGAGCUGACGCCGCUCAUCAGUGAGAGCAAAUACAGAGAGUCUGGGAAGAAGGAGAGCAGCACGUGUCUGUAUCACACGCUCCCCGAAACCAAAGACACGCAACACGCCAGAGACGCCACACAGAUCCAGAGCGAGGUCAGAUAUAAAGAAGGGAAGAGUCUGCAGUCGUGCAGUGUUUACUCUCAGCUGCCGCAGACGCCGCAGACUCAGCUCGCUGCCAGAGUCUCUGAGCUUCAGAGCGAUAAUAAAUACAGAGAGGACGGCAGGAGGAGCGUCUCCAGCUGCUUGUAUUCUCAGCUGUCCGAGACGCCAGAGACGCAGUUUGUCCGAACAGUGACCGACCUGCAGAGCGACAGUAAAUAUAAAGAGGCAGGAAGGAAGCAGGCGUCCGGUGCUCUGUAUUCUCUGCUGCCGGAGACUCUGGAGACUCAACACGCCAAAGACGCCACGGACCUCCUGAGUCAGAUGAAAUACAAGGAGGAGGCGAAGAAAGAGGCUUCUGUCAGUCUGUACGCUCUUCUGCCAGAGACGACUGAGACUCAGCACGCCAAACACGUCUCUGAACUCCUGAGCGAGAAUAAGUACAAGCGGAGCAGUAAACAGGAGAACAGCAGCAGUAUUUACUCCCAAAUGCCACAAACACAGGAAACACAGUUUGCCAAACAGAUGGCGGAGCUUCAGAGUGAUAAUCAGUACCGGAGAGAGACGCAGGAGGAUCUGUCUCACUGUCUGUACUCACAGAUGCCCGAGACGCUGCACACACAGUUUGUGAAGGAGCUGACGCCGCUCAUCAGUGAGAAUAAAUAUAAGGAGGAUGGAAAGAAGGAGCUGCAGAAGUGCCUGUAUGCCCAUCUGCCAGAAACCAGUGAAACACAACACGCCCGAGAGCUGACACAACUCUACAGUCAGAAGAGCUAUAGAGAGUCUCUGGACGCUCAGGUGUGUUUGUACACUCAGAUGCCUCAGACCAUUGAGACGGUGUUCGCUAAAGAAGUGUCCAAACAACAGAGUGAUAAACUCUAUAAAGAGAAGUUUAACUCAGAGAAAGGCAAAUCAAAUUACUCACAGAUGAAGGAUCUGCCCGACGUCACACACGCCAUACAGGUCAACAAACACCAGAGUAACGUGGCGUAUCGCCGAGGGAAAGAGGAGCUUCAUAAAUUCAGCGAGGUGAUGGACAGACCUGACAUCCGGAACGCCACACACGCCAGUAAACUCGCCAGUGACGUGGCCUACAGAAGUAAAGUGGACGUGUUUGACCAGCGAGCGCUGCUGGAGCGACCCGACAUACAACAUGCCCAAGAAGCUGCGCGACUGGCCAGUCAGGUCAACUACAAGCAGAAGUUUGAGAAGAAUCUGAGAGAACAGAAGCCACAGUACAACCCCAGCGAGUGUGUGAGCUUCAGACAAACCCAGGCCGCGUCGGCUCUGGCCAGUCAGGUGAAGUACAGUCAGAAGAAGCUGCAGGCCGUCACUGAUUUACCAAACCUGCUUCAUCUGGGUCACGUGCUCCACGCCAGCAAACUACAGAGCAACGUGGAGUACAGGAAGAAGUAUGAGGAGUCUAAGGGGCACUACCUCCUGGCUCUGGACACGGCUGAACAGCGCCACCAUCAGGAGAACGCUGUGCUGCACAGUCAGUGGAAAUAUAAAGAGGAAUACGAGAAGAACCGAGGGAAGUCACAGAUGGAGUUUGUGGACACACAGAUGUAUAAAGUGUCAAAGGAAGCGCAGAAGAUGCAAAGCGAGAAGGAGUAUCGUAAGGAGUAUGAGAGCCAGAUGAAAGGCAAGGUUCUGCUGGAGGUGGAUCUGACGCCGGCGUAUCUAUCAGCUCGUUACGCCAGCAGCCUCGUCAGUGAGAAGGAGUAUCGUAAGGAUCUGGAACAGGAAGUGAAAGGGAAAGGCCUGACAGGUCUGGAGGAAACACCAGAUCUGCUUCGGGUGAAAAACGCUGGGCACAUUCUGAGUGAGAAGGAGUAUCGUAAGGAUCUGGAGAGUGAGAUCAGAGGGAAGGGAACCGACGUCACAGCAGAUAGUCUGGAGAUCCAGAGAGCGAAGAAAGCAUCUGAGAUCAGCAGCGACGUGUCGUACAGACAAGCGUCUCAGCACAGAGAAUCGUCAUACAGUACGGUGACAGACACACCUGCGCUGCUGCACGCUGCUUACCUGAGAGACGUCUACAGUCAGAAGAAGUACCGUGGUGACAUGGAGCGUCUGAAGAGCUCGUGUUCUGCCGCAUCAGACACACCAGAGAUCCAGAGAGUGAAGAAUAACCAGCGCAACAUCAGCGCACUCUUCUACACAUGGGACUCGCGGCUGAUGAAGGGUCUGAUGUCAGCGGUCACUGACUCUCCAGAAAUCAAGCUGGCACGAGAAAACACCAAGAACAUCAGUGACGUUCAGUACAGAGAGUCUGUCGGAUCCGGAACAGCCGUGACUGACACUCCUGAGAUGGAGCGCGUGCGCAGGAACCAGCACAACAUCAGCGACGCCAAGUAUAAGAAAGCAGUCGAUCCGGUCAGUGUGGGAGUGACACCAGAGCUGGACCGGGUCAAACAGAACCAGCAGAACAUCAGCACGGUGCAGUACCAGCGCAGUUUGAAGGAGGUCAAAGGUCACUCCUGCUCAGAGCUGGAUACGCCUGAAAUGAGGCGUGUGCGGAAGUCUCAGGACGCUGUUUCCAUGGCGAAGUAUCACGAGGAGUUUGAGCGCUCGCGGGGUCGAGGGGCCACACACACCCUCGAUGAGCAGCACAUGGCACGUCUCCAUGGAGACCAGCUGAUGGGCGCCGGCGACAGUUACCAUGGCGUCCAGCCGCAGGUGGUGGAGAUGGACCGCAGAUCAGCAGGAGCCUCUGAGCUGAAGGUCUGGAGGACUGAUCCGGGAUCCAUCUUUGACUUUGAUCCAGUGGAGGACAAUAUUCAGUCUAAAAGCCUGCGCAGGAUGACGGAGCGUGUCAGCCGUGGCCCCCAGCGAUCGCUGUGCAGUUCUCCAGGCUCAGAGCUCUGGGCCGAUCGCAGUGUGUCCGUCUGCAGCAGCGCUUCUGCACUGCAGGACCGAUCCGCUUCAGGUGUGUACCAGCAUCACUCCCAUCAUCCUCAGCAGGGAUACGGUCACAGCGGUCAGUCUCCUCCACACUCGACCUCCACGCAGAGGGUGUACCGGGCGCUGUAUGAUUACGCCGCUCAGGAUCACGACGAGGUCUCCUUCCGUGACGGUGAUGUGAUCAUUAAUGCACAGCCCAUCGAUGAGGGAUGGAUGUUCGGCACGGUCCAGCGCACCGGAAAGUCUGGCAUGCUUCCGGCCAACUACGUGCAGUGUUUGAACUGAGAUCAUCAUUCACACAUGAACACACGACACUCACCUCCAGCGUCUCGCUUCUGACCCUAACGGCCUUCCAUAAGCAUCAGACAUAUGGAAGCUUAUUUCUGCCGCCGCAUAAAUAUAUUAAAAAAGUGAUUUUUAUGUUGUUAUUUUUAAUCUUGCAUUUUUGCAAAUCACAAUUCAGACUUUUUUGUCUUUAUCUUACAGUUCAGACUUUUUUCAGAAUUGCAAGAUAUGAACUUAUGAGAUAAUUAUGAGCAGUUAACCAACCUUUUAUUUUUCUUCUGUGGCAGAAAUGAGCUGUUUUGGGCAGAAUCACUGUCUGAUAGUGAAUGGAGGUUGAUAAUAAUCAAUAACUGUUUUAUUGAUCAUUAAAUGAGGUUAGUUUGAGGUUCAUUCACACUAAUGAUCUGUUCUUCUGAUGGGUUAUUCUGAUGACUGUAAUGAGAUUUAUGUUUAUUAUGCCAUCACACAUCACAAGUCCUCAGACUAGUUCUGGAAUAAACUAGUAGCGAUGUUAAUUCAGGUUCGUUACUAACCAGUAACAGUUAGUUAUAUUCAUGAUGUUCAAGCAUACGACUGUUUGCCAGAGGUUCAGAUCUGAAGAACACAAUCAUCUACUCUUUUAUUGAUCUGUAAUGUGUCCAUGUGCUUUGAAGAGGAAUAAUGUUAAAUUCGACCAGAGCUUCACUGUUAUCUUUAACUAGUUUGGUUUCUUGACUUUGUCAGAUGUCAUGAAGAGUGUGUGUGUGUGUGUGUGUGUGUGUGUGUGUGUGCGCGCGCGCUGAUCAUGAUUCAAUCCUCUUCACACUGCAUGUACUGUAAAUAUGAUCAGGUUUUCUUUUCUUCAGAGUGUGAAUCAGGAUCUGUCAGAUGAAUAAAGUGUGUGAUAAAUGCAUGACACUAGAAGAAUUAUAAGCAUGUUGUGAGUGUGAUUGAUGGCAUUAAAUGUUUUAUUUACUUUAUUAUAAACCCUCUCUCACUUAUCGUCACUUUGAUCUAUUUACCCGCGUCACUGUCUUCUGUUAACGUUAUUUACCUUGUAGAUUUUCGCAGUUACUGCAUUGAUAAUCAAUAAAAAACUUUAUUCAGCA